AUGGCUCGCAAAUAUUCUCCCUUGGCGGGCUCCAUUAUUGUGGUGAUAUUCCUCUGCAUUGCUCCUUGCGCUUAUUCUAACACACCAUCCGUAGCAGAGAUUUGCUCGAAACACAACAACCCAGUAUUUUGCGAGGAAAUUCUGAAACAGAAGCAAGGGUCGGAUCUUUCAUCCCUAGCCGCGUACGUGAUCGAGCAGAUUCAAAUCCGCGUCGGCAGCACCAAGACGGCUCUGGACUCGAUGGUCCAUCAGACCCAGGAGCCUCGCCUGGUUCAGCAUUACACGUCCUGCGCGCAGCAUUACGACGACGCUUUGGAGGGCAUCAAGAAGACUAAACAACAGCUGGACAAUAAAGACUACUUUGGCAUGGACGUCGCCGCUUCCGCCGUGAUGACCGACAUCGAUGACUGUGCGUCGUCGGAAGCACCAGGAUACGAUCCCUCCGUUUUUCUCGUGAAGACCAACCAGGAUUUGGAGAAUCUCUGCGUCAUCGUCAUGAUUAUAGCUAAUCGUCUGUCAGGGAAUUAG